AUGUCAGUGGAAUCGCCCGCCCUCCUUGCCAAUCAUGCCUCCGAAUCGCAUUUGCGCCUUCUCGGCGCCUCGUGCCUGGACUUCCUCUUAAUUGAGCUCGUCCCUAUGGCCGAGCGCUUAACAAGAGAGCUCACCCCGAAUGAGAGUAUACCGGAUGAUGAAGGAAUCAGGGAAACAACCUUUUUUCGGCUCGAGUCUCUUGGUUACAGAGUAGGGCAGGGCCUUGCUGAACGCUUUGCUCGAGACCGUCCACGUUUUGUGGAUAACUUGGAUGUGAUCAAGUUUCUUUGCAAAGACAUUUGGACGAUUCUCUUCAAGAAACAAGUCGAUAACCUGAAAACCAAUCAUCGGGGCGUAUAUGUCUUAACAGACAAUUCAUUCCGGCCGUUCGCUAGGAUGAGCACAUCUGUCCGAAGUGAAUCGGUGUCCAUGGCUCAAGCGUAUCUAUGGUUCCCGUGCGGUGUCAUACGCGGUGCGCUCUCCAACCUGGGCAUUUCGACCACUGUCCAAGCAGAGACUGCUGAGCUUCCAGGGGCUACGUUUCAAAUCAAAACAGUCAAUCCAAAGUCUUGA